CGCAUCUCUCACUGUUCUCAUCUUUUCGUGCGUCCGGGGUCACUUUGCCGCCGAGCUCGCCAAAGCUGACAGAGCGGAGAUCGGCCUGCUUCCAGAGCUGGGGACCGGGUGGGAGUACCUGCAUACAGGGGAUGAAGAAGAACUGAAGGACACAUAACCAGCAUCCAUGGAAAACAAUUUCAGUUUUGAGGAGGACAGUGACAUGUCUUACGAAGACAACAACCCGGCCUUUCCCCCUCCACUGAGACUAACUUCUCCAGAUCAGAGUGGAAACUUUGACUGUGAAAGGAAUGGGGAGGAAGCCAUCGACUCCCCUCCUGAGGCCAUCAUCAUACCCAGUGAUUCAGACGCUUUUCUCAACGUGAACACCAAUGCCACGACAAGAGGGGAUGCUCAGGCCUAUGUGGAGUUGAAUGAGCUCCAAGGCAACACCUGGCAGCAGACUGCUCGAUGGGUGGGCUAUGAGGAGAACUUUGACUCCGUCACAAGACAGUGGGGUCCAUCCCACGUCUCCUAUCUCACCUUUAAGAGCUUGAUCCAACUCCGCAGGGCCAUGAGCACAGGUGCCAUCCUUUUGGACAUGAACGCCAGCAAUCUGUCCUUGAUGGCUGAGAAAAUUGUUGACGAGCUGCUUGCUAAGGAUGAGAUCCGCCCCAGCGAUCGGGAAGGCCUGCUGAGAGCUCUCCUGAUGAGACGCAGCCAGUCUGAGGGACCGGUGGUGACUCCCUCUGGAGACAUUCAGAUGCAAACAUUUUCCGUGGCCAGAAAGAGAGACAGCUCUGACAACAUGGAGGCGUCGAUUGUCCUCACAGGCGUCCUUGACCUUCUGCAGAAACCGGUUGUGGCUUUCGUCAGGCUCAGUGACUCUGUGGUGAUGGAGUCCGUUCUGGAGACCCACGUGCCGGUGCGCUUCGUCUUCGUCCUGGUGGGCCCCAGCCAGAGUGGGAUGGACUACAGCGAGACUGGCCGUGCCAUGGGGGCUCUGAUGGCCGACUGGGUCUUCUGUCUGGAAGUGUUCCUGGCCCAGACCGACAAAGAUGUGACCAACGCCAUUGCAGACUUCAUGGACUGCAGCAUCAUCAUUCCUCCAACUGAGAUCCAGGAAACAUCCAUGCUGGAGCCCAUAAUUGAUUUCCAGAAGAAGAUGUUGCGUGACCGACUCCGUCCCGCCGAUGCCCGGCUCGCCUUUGGAGACAGGGUCAAAGCUGACGAGGGGCCAGAGGAAGUCAGGGAGGACCCACUGGCCCGUACAGGUUAUCCUUUUGGAGGAAUGGUGAAGGAUGUAAAGCGGCGUUACCGCCACUACUUCAGUGACUUCACAGACGGGCUGAACCCUCAGGUCCUCUCUGCCAUCAUCUUCAUUUACUUCGCCGCUCUGUCCCCUGCUAUCACUUUUGGAGGACUCCUUGCUGACAAAACCAAAAAAAUGAUGGGUGUAUCGGAGCUCAUGAUCGCUACCAGCCUCCAAGGUAUCGUCUUCUGCCUCUUUGCUGCCCAGCCUGUCCUCAUCAUUGGCUUCUCCGGACCUCUGCUUCUGUUUGAGGAAGCCUUUCAUGUUUUCUGCGAUUCUCAGAACAUUGAGUACAUUGUUGGCCGGACCUGGGUGGGCAUGUGGCUCAUAUUGAUCGUGGUGGUCAUCGUGGCGGUGGAAGGAAGCUUCCUCGUCCGAUAUAUCUCCCGCUUCACUCAGGAAAUCUUCUCCAUCCUCAUCUCACUCAUCUUCAUCUACGAGACUUUUGCCAAGCUCCUUAGGAUCUUCGCAACACACCCACUGGUCCUGAACUACGACCAAAUCAAUCACACUCUGGAAGAUCCCUUCCACCCAAUCAUCAAGACAUUCACAGUGACCCCACAUCCAGGUGGUAACAUCACCGUCAUUCAAGAGGAGCACGAGAGAGCCUUCCCCAACACGGCCCUGCUGUCAAUGUGCCUGAUGUUCGGCUGCUUCUUCAUCGCUUUCUUUCUGCGCGAGUUCAAGAACAGCCAGUAUCUCCCCGGCUGGCUCCGCCGUUUGAUUGGAAACUUUGGAGUGCCCAUUGCUAUUUUUAUCAUGAUUGCCAUCGACAUCAGCAUUGCAGAUGCUUACACCCAGAAAUUAGUUGUGCCAAAAGGUAUUGAGGUCACCAAUCCAAAAGAAAGAGGCUGGAUUAUCAACCCCAUGGGGGAAAAGAAAGAUUUCCCCGCAUGGAUGAUGGGCGCCUGCUGUGUUCCGGCUUUACUCGUCUUUAUCCUGAUCUUCAUGGAGUCUCAGAUUACCACGCUGAUCGUGAGCAAACCCGAGAGGAAAAUGAUCAAAGGAUCAGGUUUCCACUUUGACCUCCUGCUCCUGGUCACCAUGGGGGGGAUAUUUUCCAUCUUCGGCAUGCCGUGGCUGAGUGCUGCCACAGUUCGGUCUGUUACCCACGUCAAUGCUCUCACAGUCAUGUCCAAGGGGCCCAAACCAGUGAUAGAGAAAGUGGUUGAGCAGAGGAUCAGCGGUUUGAUCGUGGCCCUUCUGGUCGGUGUUUCGAUUUUCAUGGAGCCAAUCCUCAAGAUGAUUCCUAUGACUGCUUUGUUUGGCGUUUUCCUCUACAUGGGUAUCACCUCACUGAGUGGAGUCCAGAUGUGGGACAGGAUGCUUCUGCUGAUCACUCCCAAGAAGUACCACCCAUCUGAUCCCUAUGCCACCAGGGUGAAGACGCUGCGGAUGCAUCUCUUCACUCUGGUCCAGGUUGUGUGCCUGGCUGUCCUGUGGGCAGUGAAGAUGAGCCCCUUCUCUUUGGCGCUGCCUUUUGUCCUCAUUCUUACCAUCCCUCUGCGCAUGUUGAUGACCGGCCGCCUCUUCACUCCCUUGGAGAUGAAAUGUCUCGAUGCAGAUGAUGCCAAAGUGAAAUUUGACGACGAACCUGGAGAUGAUGGAUUAGCAUAAACACAACAUUUAGAGUGACAUUUUAUUUAUUUUUUUCAAAUAUUCUAAUUUGUAUUCACUUUUCCAUCACUUUAGUAUCCAAAGAUAAAUUAGAAUUUUUCAUAAUUUUUGACCUAAAAGCAACAGGUAAUGAAUGACAAUGUUCUGAAAGUAUACUUGUUAGUCAUAAACCUUAUCUAAACAUACAGGUUUAUGCUUUUUAUUUGUAUUUUAUGUUUAACUACAUUAUAGCUUUUCAAUCACCCCAAAACAUUCAUCUUUUAUUUUAAUGUUUAUUUCUUGACUCCAGCAAACUGAACUGCAACUUUUACAUUUAAAUAAUUGUUUUUUGGAAAAAAAACAUUGGUGCCUUUUUCCAGUAUAGCCUUAAGGGUUUUAUGUCGUAAAAUGUGUUUUCAGUAGUGAUGUUCAUUAAUUUCAUCGUAAGCUGUUUUGUCUUCCUGGUAUGUAUAAAAAGAGAGAGAUGUGAAAUUUACUUGUGCCUUGUUUUAGAGUUCAACUGCUUUUGUGAGCAUAAAUUGCAGCCAGCACUAUUGGAAAUGAAAUUAUGGGAUGAAACUGCACUAAAGCAAAAAGGGGAUACUUUUUUUUUUUCUUUUUUAAAGCCUUACUCUGCAUACGUGUUGCACUGUGUACUCUUUGUAUGCUUUCGAGCAAACAUGUCUUAAUGCGUGCUUGAAACACUGUACAUGCUUGGAUUUCAUUUUGUGUAAAAAUAAAAAAUAAAACAUUUGACAAAAAAAAUUA